UAAAUUCUCGCUGUAUGUCUUUGUCUUUGCUUUUACUUUCCUCGUUCAGUGAGAGGACCAAAAAUUGAUUGCAGAGUCGCACAUGAACCUCAAACUUCUCUCUCCUUUUUCCAGAGUACAUCAGAAUCGUUAAAACACGACGCCUUCUCAUAGACAAGAAGCUGCUUCUUCCUCUUGCCCUAAUUAAGCUACCCAACUAGGGUUUUUGCCUCUUACCUUUUCCACACUUGAGAGAGAGAGAGAAAGAGAUCAUUUCACAUAAGGAGAAGGAUCAAGAAUCAAGAAAUAGAUUGAGCUGGCGAAUAAACAGUGGUGGGAUAGGGAAUUAGUAGAUGCGGCGGCGAUGGAAGGCGGUUACGAGCAAGGCGGUGGAGCUUCUAGGUACUUCCAUAACCUCUUCAGACCAGAGAUUCACCACCAGCAGCUUCAACAACAAGGCGGGAUCAAUCUUUUUGACCAGCAUCAUCAACAGCAACAACAACAGCAGCAACAACAACAACCGUCGGAUGAUUCAAGAGAAUCUGAUCACUCAAACAAGGAUCAUCAUCAACCGGGUCUACCCGAUUCAGACCCGGCUACAUCAAGCUCAGCACCUGGGAAACGUCCACGUGGACGUCCACCGGGAUCUAAGAACAAAGCUAAGCCACCGAUCAUAGUCACGCGCGAUAGCCCCAAUGCGCUUAGAUCUCACGUCCUUGAAGUAUCUCCUGGAGCUGACAUAGUUGAGUGUGUGUCCACUUACGCUAGGCGGAGAGGGAGAGGGGUCUCCGUUUUAGGAGGAAACGGCACCGUUUCUACCGUCCCUCUUCGUCAGCCAGUCACUCCCGGAAAUAGCGGUGGUGGAGCCGGAGGAGGAGGAGUUGUGACUUUACAUGGAAGGUUUGAGAUUCUUUCGCUAACGGGAACCGUUUUGCCACCACCCGCACCGCCAGGUGCUGGUGGUUUGUCAAUAUUUCUAUCCGGUGGGCAAGGUCAGGUGGUUGGGGGAAGCGUUGUGGCUCCGCUUGUUGCAUCAGCUCCGGUUAUACUAAUGGCUGCUUCCUUCUCAAAUGCGGUUUUCGAGAGAUUGCCUAUUGAAGAGGAGGAAGAAGGAGGUGGUGGAGGAGAAGAAGGACCACCGCAGAUGCAACAAGCUCCAUCACCAUCUCCGCGGUCGGGGGUGACCGGCCAGGGACAGAUAGGAGGUAAUGUGGGUGGUUAUGGGUUUUCCAGUGAUCCUCAUUUGCUAGGAUGGGGAGCUGGUACGCCUUCAAGACCACCUUUUAAUUAAUCUACAUUAUUGUCAUCGGAAAUUAUGUGUGUUUUUUUUUUUUUUUUUUUGUGGAGCCGUCGUCUUUUAAUUUGGGAUCUUUGUAUUUAGUUGAUAUGCAUAUUUGAGUUCUCAUGUUUCUUAAUUUCUUUCUUUCUCUUCUCAUCUUUGAUAGGAUAUUUUGACGUUAGAGGAAUGCAUAUUUGUCCCUCGUGUACUUGUUAGAAAAACCUUGCCAUAUAUGUCUUUGUUUGAUUCAUUGCUAGGGCUUCGUGCUGUACUUUAUACC